UUGGAAGUAUCAUCACUUGCUCAAGUUCUUCUUCGUAGACAACAACCCAAUCCACCCCAAACCAAAACUUCAAAAUGUUCGCCAAAGUGAUCGUCCUCGCUGCCGUUGCUAUCGCUUGCGCCAACGGAAAGCCGCUCGCCGUGGCCGCCCCGGUCGUGGCAGCUGCACCAGCUGUAGUGACUGCCCAGAGUUCCCAGGUCAUCGCCCGGAACUACAACGGAAUCGCUGCGGCCUACACCGCUCCCUUGGCUGCCGCUUACACCGCUGCCCCAGUUGCCGCCGCUUACACCGCUCCAUUUGCCGCCGCCGCCUACACCGCUGCUCCAGUGGCCGCCGCUUACACUUCUCCGUUCGCCGCCGCCUACACCACCCCCUACGCCGCUGCCUAUCCCUAUGCUUCCCCAGUAGCGGCCGCUUACACCGCUGCCCCAGUGGCUGCCGCCUACACCGCUUCCCCGUACUAUCCCUAUGCUCUGUAAAGCAGAACAACAUUAGUCCCCGUUAAUGAACCCUGAAUAAACCUCGCUGUUUCAAAAU